AUGUCAGCACCUCCGCAGUCGAGGUCUCCGGACAGCACAUCGGCUUCAAGUCGCACUGCUACAGCUGCGGUUGUAGGGCCGGGCUCCUCUCCGGGGGCUUCUGCACCUGCUGCUUUGACCUCCUCGUCAGGUCAAAUACAGGGGCCUGCCGCCGCGUCCUCAUCGGAGGCGCAUACAUCCACCUCGCAAAGCACUAGUCUACCCACAAGCUCAGCUCUGCGUCGAUCUCUGAUGUCUGGCAGCCCUGCUUCUAGCUCCAUCUACAUGUCUGGCAUACCCUCAGCGCCCUCCCCUGCUACUGCGUCUUUUUCCUUGGGGCAGAGGCUGUCGGGGACCUCGACGCCCACGGCCACCAGGGGUGCAUCCCCACUGACAAAUGCAGCCUCGAAUGGCAGUCGAGGUGGGGUGAGACCAAGACCUCCAAAUCCUCCGGUCCCCUCGAGUAGCGAUGCGGCCGACGAAGCUCGGAUGGAUAGAAAUCCGGCCUCUGGGAGGAAUGCCAUAUCCAACAAUGGUGUGAGCAUCGCCCCGAGGAAUGCAUUCAGUCCCACUUCUACAUCUUCUGCUGCUUCGGCUCCUCAGAAUGGGUCUUACGACGGCACGACAACAUCCGCAUCCAGCUUCGCAUCCAGUGCAGGCUUCUGGCGCACACCGCCAACAUCUCCCCAACCUUGCAGGCUACCGCAUUGUACUCACCACGGUACAACAGGGCACUUUCAUCAGCGCCCUGCCGGCCCUUCGCAUGGUACUCCUCGGCAGCACUCCUCACUGUAUACGUCGGGGCCUCAGAUGGGGAAUCGGAGUGGUGGUAGCCCUUUCCAGGAGAAUGCCCUAAUCUCCUUCUCCUGGGCGAUUACCGAUCUUCGCCUACUCCGAGACGAGGUGGAGAGUACCCCACUCGCUGGAGACGAGGGCAGAUCAGUCAGUGCUGGCGCUGGCAAGAGCGAGGUGUGGGCAAGUCACCCUACUUUUGGCGAUGGAAAAUGGAAAGUGGAGCUGAUCCGAACGGCGCGCUUCGAGAAGGUCGAAGACAGUCGGACAAAUGGCAAGGCAAGGGCGAUCGAGGGCGACCACUUCGAAACAGAGGGAGUGCACGUCAACGUGCUGUCUCUCUUCUUGACCUCGAUGGUGGUGGAUUAUGGGUCCCCAAUUGCAGCCAUUCCGACCAACCUUCUCUUUGGGAUCCGCCCAUGGGGGAGCAGGCGACACGGGCAGCUGGGUGCCGGCCAAGCUCAGGACUUCCUCUGGACUCACUCCACCACAUUCACCUUCAAGUACGAUAGCGAGUUUUAUCACUGCUCGGAUCUUCCCUCGAUCUCCACUCUCCUGGCCAAUGACACCAUUGCCAAGAAUGACGCAAUUGAACUGGUGGUACAGGUUGGGACAGGGCCGCACGUCUCUCAGCAAGAAUUCAAUCAGGGCAGCAGCGAGGCGAGUGAGGCUUUGCCCUUCCAUAUGCCUGAAGGGCGAUUCCUGCCCAAUUCGAUUCUGGAUGGUUUGACUAGUCUGGUGGACUGUCCCUUCACAGGCGACCUGGCCUUGGUGGUUCCUGAGAGGGGUGUGGUCCUAACGCCUUGCUCAGACUCCGCCGACAGUCAGACGCACUGUGAGCUUGAAGUUUUGCCAUGGCCAGUAGGGACUUCAAUGCCGUUCAGUGCAGAUGAUCAGUCGAGAGUCCAGGUGGUGGUGAGAGAUCGCGUCAUAUGGGCUCAUAGUGCCUUUCUCAGCACCAGAAGCACAUAUUUCAAGACGAUGUUGGCCUCUGGAUUCGCGGAGGGAAGGGACGAAAGAGGUGGUCGAUUUGCCCGGGCAGUCAGAAUCGACGAUGUCGAUUACACGACUGCUCUGUGUUUGAUCCGCUACCUAUACACCGGCAAAAUUGACUUCCUUAGAGAGGAAGAUGUACGAAGCGUAGCUCUCGACGAAGAUUGGCUAGGCUCACAUCAGAGAGCUGCCCAAGAGCUCACAAAUAGUGAACGCCUGCAUCAUGCAUCAUCACAUCUCCGCCGCCUCCCGAUCUGGGCAUGGACUAGCCUCGACGAGCUCCAGGUAGAGGAAGGCAGGUGUGGUGCCGACUGCUCCUUAGCGGGACACAUCUGCUCUCACGCUCCUCGCUUAGCUGGGGGAGAGCAGCGACGGUCCGUUAGCACAUCAUCCUCUCACUACCAACAGGUUCAGAGUCAACCCUCGCCUACUCAACCUGGCAGGGCUCAUCAGACGCCUCCUGCUUCACCUCCUUCGAUGCGCUCGGAGGCCUCGAACUCUCGUAGAUUACCCUCGCUACCGUUCACGCACGAGUCGCCGAAGGCGAAUCACGCCAGCCUGUUAGGUUCCAUUCUGUCGGAAGAUCCUCAUUCUCAUCCAGCGCCCACGUCGCAGCUCAGCUCAUCGCCAUUGGCGACCUACAAGCUCUGCCAUCGCUAUGGUCAGAUCGACUUGUGCUCCCUCUCUAAGAGCGAGCUAUUGUCAAAUCUGACGCAAGACUCUGCCUUCGCAACGUUGCUGGCAACGUACUAUUAUGCGGAUCUUCAAGUCGAGGUGGAGAAAUUUGUUCUGGAGAAUGCACAAGGUGUGCUGGGAAGCAAGGAGUUUAAGAGGUGCUGUGAUGAAGUUAGCGCGGGAGAGUGGGGCAUUGACGCCGGCCGCACUCUCCGAUCUCUCAUGCGCUCGAUGAUGGCCUCGUCCUCUGCCUCUGCUGCAACGUCAACACCAACACUGAGGGGGCAGGGUAGAAGCUGA